UAGUUUGUCAUCAUCAUACGUCACACAAGAUGGCGGUGCCCUGUAGCUCUUGCUGAGGGUAGAAACAGUCUGAAAAGACGAGUUAUGAUACCAGUUCUUUUAAAAAUAGCUAUUAGAGUAUAAUACUAAAUCCUUUUUUGUUUUUUUUAAACAUGGGUUUGGAGCGUCUAGUUUGCUCUUCUCUGAGAUGUUACUCCGCACAGCUCAGACUUGUAAAUACUCCGCACAAACUCUUUCACAAUGCGUCUGUGUCGGUACAAACGUCACCGAGCAGCGGGUCGAACCGGGUCUGUGCUGCCGGUUUGUUCAGCCGGCUGUUCGUCCAUACAAGCCGCCUCUGUGGAGCUCCGGGGCAGCUGGCAGUUCGCCGCCGCCUCUCCUCCUCCGUCCAUCCGUCCAAAGAUGUCACCCUGCUCGAGCACGACAGGACUCGGUUCUUCCGGCUUCUGGCUGUUUUCUGCGGCGGACAGGUCAUGUUUUGGACCUACCUGGCUCAGUUCGCCUACACCGGCCUCAGAGACACUGGAGGGGCUAAGGGCAAUGGAACAGCAUCCGCCACCACCACGGGUUUAGCCGGGAUGUGGAGUUUUGAGAUGAACCUGGGCUCCAGCGCCUGGAGGUUCGGCUUCACGCUGGGGUGUCUGGGAAUAGGAGCGGGGAUCGUGGGGCUCGGGGUUCUGUUCUGCCGACGCUCUGUCUGUCAGCUGAUCUUACACCAAGGGGGGAGGAUGGUGACAGUUCAAACACAGUCACCUCUGGGACCGGGACGAGGGAGGAAAAUCACUGUACCGCUGUCACAGGUGGCCUGCCACGCCCACAGACAGGAGUCUCCCACAUUCAUCCCCCUCAGGGUCAAAGGACACAAAUUCUACUUUCUUCUGGACAAAGAGGGAACUGUGAACAAUGCCAGACUGUUUGACAUCACUGUCGGAGCUUACAGACCGCUUUAAUCCAUGGGCACAAAAAAUAUGUUGAGCAUCAAACACCAGGUGUGAUUCUAUUCAUUUAAAUAAAAUGUGUGGGAUGAUUGACAGGCUCA